UCGAUCUGAGCACUCGUCUUAUUACAGGUUACCCGACCGACGCUCAUUUCAUAGACAGACAUUUCUUGUUACUAACGCGUAAUAAAUUCCUGUUAACGAAAUAUUACCGUUCAAUUGAACUCACAUUAUAAAUAACCGCUGAUAAUAUUUAUUUAAACAACAGCUGAUUAUCAAAAAUUAGACCAAUUGAUGACAUGAAGCGGCAAUUAUUAUUGAAAAAUUCAACAAUUGCAAAUCCAGUUACAAGCUUCUAGCGACUGACAUUGAACAAUUAACUCGUUUUGCGUCUGGUGGUUACUGCGACGAUUCAACAAUUGUUUAUUUACAACAUCCUUGUGUAAUAUUAACGGCGCUAGAAGUUCUGGGUUACAAAGUAGUUGCUUCAUCAAGUACGAGUGUAAAACAAGACUACAAUGAGUAUAUGUGGACUAUGAGAAAAGAUUUUGCGGAACCUGAGCCUGAUACAAUUGUUAAAUCAGAUAAGAUUAAGAUUAAAGAACGCCGAGGAAGAUUUAAUUUUAAAAAGUCUAAUUAAUAAUUAUGGAGGAAAAAAUUAAUUACGACCACGGUCAUGAUCAUAAUCAUACAUGUAAAUUAGAUAGUGGAACUAAUGUCCGUCAGACUAUUUCCGAAAUGGAUUUUGAACGCGGAAUUUGGUACGCAGCUCAAUCAGAUGACAUUGCUCGGGUGAAGCAGCUUUUGGCAAAAGGAGCAUCUGCUUCUGAGGAAGAUUCUGCUGGAUAUACGGCUCUUCAUUAUGCAGCUCGUGCGGGACAUUAUGAUGUAUGUAAGCUGCUGUUAGAACACGGUGCUCGGGUGAAUGCAAUCACGCGAUGCGGUCGAGCAACACCACUUCACAGAGCCGCUAGCAGAGGAAAUGAAGAUGUAGUACGUUUGCUGUGUAAAUUUGGAGCUGAUUUAAAUAUUCAGGAUGCUGAUGGAUAUACUGCACUCCAUCGAGCAGCUCUUGCUGGGUCGCUGAGUGUUUGGAAGCUCUUGGUUGAUAAAACUUCUGCGGAUGUCGUUGAUAAUAAUGGUCAUACUGCGGCACAGUUAGCUGAAAUUCAAAAUAAAUUUAUUAUUUAAU